GCCGUUGCGUGCAGCCGUCUCCACACAACGCGUGGGUGAGAGCAGGAGGAAGAUGAGCGGAGAGGAGAGGUGGGAACUGUAUCUGCCCAACCGGGAAUGAAGGCGCAAGAAUGCCCCGUGAGACGCUGUGGAGGCUCCGCCACAUUUCAUGCGCGCGAGAAGAAGUGAUCUAGUGUGAGGACUUUUGAAGAAGAGUCGGACCUUUGGUGUCAAGAGUCAUUCUCUCGGCUGAGAGAGUCAAGUUUCCUUCAGAAGGAGUCUUCGUUAUCCAGCAGAGAUGAGACUGAACUUUUCUACAAGUUGGAUAUUCCGAGGCUGGAUAACGUGCGUGCUGGUCACCUUUUACGCACAGAAUGCAGUCUCCAAAUCUCCCCAAUGUGAUGAAACAGAAUACAUAAAAGGCCACAGAUGCUGCAAGAAGUGUGAACCAGGCCAGCGUGUGCUUACCGACUGUAAUGAUUCCCAUCAGACCAUAUGCACUCCAUGUGGUCGUGGUGAAUACCAGCCCAGCUUGACCAGCGAGAAGCGCUGUUUCCAGCAGAGGUUCUGUGACCCAGACAGUGGUUUUAUGGAGAGGCCUGAAAACCCUCUGGCAGAGGAGCCAUGUCGCUGCCUUCCCCACCUCCAAUGCUGUCCCAUCAACUGUGAGUUCUGCGAGGCGAUACCCACCUGCAGUGCUGGAUAUGGGCUCGUAGUGGAUCCUAAGUUUACUAAUGGAAGGAAGAUCUGUGCUCCAUGUAAGAAGGGUUUCUUCUCUGCUGACAACAGUGCUGAAGAAUGCAAACAAUGGACUAAUUGUAAGGCUGAGGGAAGGAGAGAGAUACAUCCAGGCAGCGCUCAGGCCGAUGUAGUGUGUGGAACACUUGUAUCUGGUGCAGAGCCCUCCUGGGUCAUAGUUUCAGUUCUGUCAGUCAUCACUGUUCUGUGUCUCCUCAUCCUGCUCCUCUUCUGCUACAAGGACAAACUGAAAUUACUCUCUGUGAAUCUGCGAUCCUGUGUCCAGAAUCUGAAGAGGACGAGGAUACAGCAGGAGACCUUGGCCCCUCUUUACCAUAGUGGAGGUCCCAAGUGUACACCAUGUGAGACAACCAAACUCAUCUGCCAAGCACCACACAGCCCCACAGAUGAGCCCCCAUGCACAUUCCCCACUUCUGUUCCCGAUGUCAAGGUCUCACUGCCAUUCACAGGGGAGAUGACAGAGAAAGAUGGAAACAACAGGGGGACAGUGAUUGGGGAUCAAAGUGAAGCAUCUGGAGAACCAGAGGAGGUGUCAGAAGAAGAGGAGGUUGUGAGUGUGUCUCCUCUUUUGGCGGGUUCUUGUGUGUGUGUCAUUCCCAUUCGCGAGCCACUGGAAGUAGGGGAGAAUGAGGACUGUAGCCAGGCUGUCAACCCUGGGACUCCAGUGACCUGCUCAUGUGGUGGGCUAGAAGGAGAGAGGGAUGGAGAUGAGAGUGGGAGAGGAGAGAAGAGUGAGAGUGGAGGGGAAGACAAUGGUGGAAAAAAGGGUGAUGAAAAUCAAGAAAAGAUGGUUUUGUGCAAGAGUGAGACAGGUGCUGCAUCUCUUGUGUCUCUUUCUCCUCCUCUCCUCCACACCUCCUCUGUAGUCCCUCGAUCCAGUCCACUUCCUGAACUCUGCCUGCCAUUGUCCCAGGCUCAGGUGACACCGGAGUUCAAACCUUACCUGACUGACAGGUCACUGGUAAAACAGGAGGGAUUAUACAGACUGGCAAGCAUGGACUCCACCUCAACAGAGAAUAGUUCAACCUCUGUGAUGACCUCAGUCAGCCCCUUGAUGACCUCCUCAUCUGUAGGAGAUCUCUACCUGGACAAGCCCCCUGAGGCCUCUAGCCCGGAGCAAGGCCAGGGACUUUCCUGGGAGGACAGUAGUGGAAACAAGCUCUCCUCUGGGGAGUCAGAGCUGGAGUGCUCGCCUGAGAGCCUCCAUAGUCAGCUGGCUGAGCCAACUCUUACCUCAGGUCAGGUGUCUGGGAACCACAACACCACCUUCAUCUCCAGCGGUCAGGUGAUGAACUUCAGCGGUGAUGUCAUUGUUGUCUAUGUAAGCCAGACGUCUGUUGGCAGCGACGGGGCAGGGCAGGACGAUGCCUUUGGAAGCCCCGUCCAGGAAGAGGCCAAUGAGACAGUUCCAUUUUUCCAGAGCAGUCUGAGGUCACGAGGGGAUUCCGUUUCCCACAUCACGCUGCAAGACGAGACGCUGCCAGUCCAAGAAGUGAUGGAGGAGCGGCCACAGGGAAAGUGAACCGUGACCAAUGGCUGUGUUUUAUUUGUCAGCCCAAAGAUCAUCUCAAUAACUGUCAGACAGCCGUUGCGAAAAUGAUCUCUGAUCAUUUCUGUUGGUUAUAUCACCUUAUAUACUAUAGCUCCCGAUGAAAUUAUCAAAAUCUUUUCUAAAAUACCAUUUGUCCUACCAUACCAGCUUUCCCUUAUAAGAGCUAGAAAAGGAAGGCUUUCAGUUAAAUGAAAAUGGUCAAUUAGUUGACUUAGGAAACAACUGUUAGCAAUGUGAAGCUAUCAGUCUAUGCCCAUGUAAUUUUUUGGAAUGUAAUCUACAAUAACUUUCCCCCUUUCACACAUAGUCAGUGAAUGUUACCUCAGGCAUCUUUAAACGUGCCUUUUUUCAGUUUCCAUUGGAAAGCUGCAGGCUUUUUCAAAUGGAAACUCCCUUCAUUCCAGACAAUGAUGGGGAAUUUUGUUGGGAAUUGGAUGUGGAACUAGAGUUCAGACUGGAAGAACGUCAUGUUUUUAUGGUUGUAUGGAAAUUGCAGCUGGGUCUUGAUACAAAGGAGUUUAUACAUUUCCCAUUUCCCACCUUUCAUCAUUAAAUAGCCCAGGUUAAAGCCUGUAGAAUCCUAGUUCUUAACCAUUCUAAAUUUGACAUUUGGAUGAUUUCAGCAGUUUUCUUACAUAACAAAAUAUCCACCAUGUGGAAAUAAUUGUCUUUGCUCUCACAAAAUCAUGCCAUGAAAGUAAAUAUUUUUAUGGAGUAAAAUUCAAUCUACUAGCUACAUUAAGAUCUGGCAGAGUAGAAUCAAAGUUUGCAAAAGAAAAAACAAGAGUGAUGAAUUGUGUUUUCCUUUUUUCUGGUUUGCAGGGUUUAACAAAAGCUAUUUUACAGUAAAGAGACACAUCCAGUUUUGGUACGAUGCUUGUUUAUCUUGUUCAUCAUGUAGACUUUUUUAUUCUCUUUUUAUUGCACCCCAGGUGCAGUUUGUGUCUAAGAAAAAAUGCUAUGCAUUUGAUAAGCUAUUUUAUUACUGGUUUGUUUUGUUUAAUUGUGUUUUAAUGUGCAAGCCUUAAUGAAGAAAAGUAAAAUGUCAGCCUGUUUAUAAUGUUUUGUUUUAAAUAAUUUUUCAAACUAGAUUGUUUAUGUAAUAUUUCAGAAGAUUCAUGUGUGAUCUAUGUUUGUAAAUAUUUCAAACGAAAAAAGCAUGAUGUAUUUGUGAAAUAAGAGUGAAUAUUCCAUUUGUGCUUCCUCUUAUUUGAUUUGUGUCAAGUGGAGCCAUUAACAGCUGGUAAAAGGCAAACAUUCUAAGAAAGGGACUGUUCAAUUAAGUAUGCAGCCUUACAACAAUUAUGUACAUAUCAAUCAAACUUAUUGCAAUGAAUGACUGAAAGAAUAUUUUGAUUGAAAUUAAAUAUGUUUUGCAUCUAA